AUGGGAGCCCAGCAAUCAAAAUCCGACGAUGAGUUAAUAAUAAUACAUAGUGACAAAAAACAAUACGACGCACUAGAAAGAGAAGCAAAAAAUGGUCAAGAACUCAUGAAUGAAAUUCACAUAGAUACAGUUAUGUCUGAACAAAACCUCACUUCGAUGGCCAGUCCACAACGUAUUACUGUGGCUAAUUUUGCUAAAAUUAAAACAGAACCACAAGCUGUGGAAGAGGAUCAAAAUAAGUUAGUAGUUGUUGAAACUACACAGGUUGAAGAGCAAAGCAAAAAGUAUCAGGAUACAGAAAAUCAAAAAGAUGAACUAGUUUCUACAGAAAGUAGUAAUAUAAGUUCAGUACUAUCAUCCAAAGAAGCUAUAGGAGUAGCAUUUGAUGUAUUUUCUUCAGAGGCUGAAGUAAACGGUCUUGUGUUGAAUACUUUGUCCAACAAUGGUACAUUGCCAAAUAUAUCAAAUAUCGAAGUGAAAAAAGAAUUAUUAGAAUCACAUGGUGUUGAAAGUGACUCCAGAAAAGAUAAACAAGUUGAUGUAGUAUUCCAAAACAGCACCCUACCAACAUUAACUGAUGAGCUAACAGAUGAAAAUAGGAAUAAUAUCCACCAUAAUGCAGUAAAAACUGAAUCCAUUGAAGAUUAUAGCAUUGCCGAAAAGUAUCGGGAUGAAAAUAUAGUGCUGCCUGCUACUGAUAAUAUUACAUUUAAGGAGGAAAUUAUUAAAAAAGAAAUUUCUCGCGAGGAACACGACAUUAAUCAGCAAGAAGAAAAUCAUAAAGAAACUUUUUGUGACAAAGACCUGCAAUUGGUCAAAAAUCCAUUUUAUAGAAAGAGCUAUAAUCAAAAGAAAUUCGUAAAACAACAUCGAUUGAUUGAAAACAAAAACAAGGAUGAUAUUGAAAAGCAAAUUAUAAAAUCGGAACUUAUACACUCUACUGAAGAAUUGAAUAACGCAAAACCACUAAAACCAACAUCAACAGAAAAUUCAUCAUCAGUUAAUAUCGUAUUAGAUGAGAUCAAUCUUAAUGAGUUAAUUAUUAAGUCAGAAACUGAAACUUCGCCUGAUGAUAAUUUGGAAUUUCAUACAAAUACCAAUUUAAAUAUCAAUUGUUUAAGUUGUAAUUUAAAUUCAUCUUUGGAUGUAAACAUAAGUAAUGUAGAUACUGAUUUUGAUGAAGCCCUGUCAACACAAUCUAUUGAAGAUGUUGUAUCGAACAUCUCUAUAAAUUCUUCACGAGAUUCUUUGACAUAUUAUUCUAUAAUUGAAAUAUCUUCUGUAGACAAUGGCAAUUUACCGAUUAAGGAGACUACUAUAACCUCAACGCCCAAAACUCAGAAAAAACCAAAAUCAAGUAAAUUAAGCUCUAAACGCAGGCCGUAUAAAAAGAGACAAACGCGACAAAUACAAAUUACAAAUCGUGGCAGUAUACAAAAGAAACGUGGUAGAAAGCCCCAAUCUAAAACUUUCAAAAAAACUCAAAGAGAUCAUAUAUUUCCUUCAAAGAAAAACAUUUUAAAAAAUCUACCUAAAACUUGUAUAAAAACCAGGAAAAAAGCAAAUAAUACUACAAAAACUAAAAACGAUUUUCCAAAACCAUUCAAAUCGGAACCUCAAUCGCUGGAUAAAGAGCACAGCAUUGCUACGGAACUGCCCAAACCCAUGAUGUUUAAAAGUGAGGCAGACGUAAACGUUAAUAAUACAAAAGCCUAUCUUAAACCGGAAUUUCAGCCGUUCGUACGCUUGAAACGUUUAAAAAGUGAGGAACUACUGGUGCCGUUAAAGAAAAAACGUGUAAGGAAAUCUCAACAACGUUCAAGUUUUCCCCAAAUGUCUAGCGACAAUAGACGUGAUUUUCUUAUACAAAAUGCUUUUAGCUUGAAUCAACGCAUCAAAUUAAAUCGUUUAAGCAUUGAUAAUGACCAUUCUUUUUAUCAUAACAACAACAACAACCAGCCCUCAUUGUACAGUCGUUUAACAACACCCUACAGCAUGCCAAUGGAUACGCCAAAUGAAUCUCUUGCUGAAGGAGAUUCGAAAUAUUUCAGUCCUCAAGAACUGUAUUCCCUGUUUAACGCUUCUACACCAGAUGGCUCUUCAAUGUAUAGUGGCCACCUAGAUAGUGGUGUUUCGACCUCAACACCAAGCGUGCAGCAACCUCAUGCUAAUUGCAAUAAAACUUUACUUUUAGAAAUUGCUGCUGAACGUGCCUUUAUCAAUAAUCAUUUAAUGCAUUUUGGCUAUUCGCCCGUGCAAUUUGAAUUGUUUAAUAAUUUAAACGAUUUGAAUGUUUUCCUCAAAUAUUUGUUUGGCAGUGUAAAUAUGAAUUGAAGAGGUAUUUAUG